AUAUAAAUUUUCGAGUACUGCUCUGCUAUAUUUUAAUUUUAGCGCGUAAACAAUGAUUAAUCUCCAAGAGUUUAGUAGUACUAGUACAAAAUAGGGCACACUUGCUACAAAGCUCCAGCUAUGCAACAAAAGAAGAAGAAAUGGCUCCAAAGAACAAGAAGAGAGGCCGAGCAAGCCACCCCAGCUGUGCUAUAUAAGAUCGAUGCAGCUGCUGCCCCAAGAACUCCAGACCUCACAUGCUUUGAUCUCUCCUCUCCCAAUCCUCCUCUUAAUCUCCUCCUCCUCGCCGAGCCCGCGACGCAGAGAUCGCCAUUAUUUUCCGGGGGCUUCGAUCAGAGGAGGAGGAUCAGAGAUUCAGAGGAGGUGCGAGUGAUACAAAUUGGGUCUCGAGCUCUCCAUCGAAUCGAUCUAUCAAUUAAUCAAGCAGCUAGCCGGCGCCAUGAUGAUGAUGGGGUACCUGAGCCUCCGGGCGCCGAGGCAGCUGGCCGGCGGGAGGAGCAGCAGCAACAAGGCGGCGGAGCGGGCGGCGCUGCUGGGCGAGGAGGACGCGGGGGCGGGGGCGGCGGUGCCGAGGGGGUACUUCGCGGUGUACGUGGGCGCGGAGGCGCGGCGGUUCGUGGUGCCCGUGAGCUACCUCUGCCAGCCGGCGUUCCGGGCGCUCAUGGAGCUCGCGGCGGAGGAGUUCGGCUUCGGCCAGGCCGGCGGCCUCCGGUUCCCCUGCCGCGAGGAGGACUUCCUCGCCAUCGUCGCCGACCUCGACGCCGCCCGGGCCGACCGCGCCGAGUCGCGCCACCGCCGCCGGAGCUCCGGCGCCGGCGCCGGCGCGGGCAAGCUCGGCGCCAUGCUCUUCGCCCAUGCGCGCGCGCAGGUCGUGCAGACGUAGAAGAAGAGAAGAGAAGAGAAGAGGAGGAAUUGUUUCUUCCGUCUCUUAAUUUUGGGCUUCCGAGCUGAGCUGAGUUGAGUUCAUUUGGUUAAUUUGGUGUGGUUGUGGCCAUGAAUGAUGGUGUGUACCUUGAUGAUCUCAUAUCCAAUUCACCAUUAGUUUUUAUGACGAUCAAUUAUUUAUGGCCAAAGUUAAUCGACUCGUUGGUUGUAUUUGCUUGAUUUGACGAUGAGAAUCAAUAAAAUGCUUAUUAUAGGGAAAAA